AUGACCUUGCUAGGACAUUGGCGGCCACAAGUGCGCUGUCCGAAUGACCACGUGCUGCAGCAGAAGGUUACCGGCUCUGGCUUCAUGGGCCUCUGGGUCAAGGAGUGCAGCCGGUGUCAGCAGGCAUUGUCUCGGGGCAUGACUCGCUACAGCUGCAAGAGGUGCGGCUAUCAUCUCUGUGAGUCUUGCUGCUCUACGCGGUCUGUAGAGAUGCUUGACGAGGAGAUUACGCUGUCCAUCUAUCGACCUUCACAGGAUCUGAUUCCAGGAUUGCAACUUCAAGAGGAGGAUGUGCUGCAGGUCCGGCUCAAGGCCGGAUCCACUGUCCUUGCCCUCAAGGAGAAGCUGUGCGAUCUGUACGGCAUGCCAAUUGCCAUGCAGGCAAUAAAGCGCGACAUAGAUGCUGCAGCAGUGCGGAAUGAGGAUCAGGUUGCCUGUGAAGAUGGCGAUGUUCUUUAUCUAGGCAACCCUUUCGAGUCUGCCUUCUCUGCAAGCGGGGAAGAUCACUUCGGGCUUCUGAUCUCUGAGGCUGUGACGGGCCUGUUGGCCGAUGCAGAAAGUCGCGCGCAGGAGCAGGGCAUGAAGGAGAUCACGCUGAACGUCGUAAUGCCAUGCCUGGAGAAGGCAAGGUUAGAGCAUCUCUACGCCACCGUCGGCGCAAAGGGCAAGGUUGUGACGACAGACUUUUCUUUCAAUAAAGAGUACCAGACGAAGUAUGAGCUCAACUUCGCGAAAAUGAUGCAGACCAAUACGGAAAGCAAGAAGUCGCGGACCGUGCGAAGAACAGGUGGUGAAGCAGUUGCGGUGGUGAAGAAAGCCGUCUGGGAAUGGUGGUCCGAUGAAGACGAGUGGGAGCCAUUUCAAGAAGUCGAUGCUCAGCUCCUUGAGAAGGCAUACCUUGCAGCGGAGACGCCCUUCUCUACCAAAAAGCUGAGCUGGAACGAGGGAUAUGACAGCCUCUACAUCUUCGACUUCACUGUUAUGACACAGGUCAACUGUGACAGCAAGACAUCCAGGAAAAUCCAGCGCACAGCUGCUGGUGGAUCGAAGCUGUUUGGUCACAAAGAUGGAGAAGAUGAUGGUUACGCAGGGGCUGUAGGCUUCCUGUCCGACAAGAUCGGCGACAGCAAAGUAAUGUUUGCCGGAAAGUUCGAGCCCAGCCUGCCGGCUGCCGUCGUGACAGCACAGAAGAAGCUCGGGGCGCAGUCGCUCCGCAAGCAGAAGAAGGAUUAUGGCCCCAUUGUUUCCAAAGACGAACAUGGGAGGAAAUGCUUCGAUGAGAUGCUGCAGAAUGAGAAGGAGUUCUGCGGUGAGUGGGUGGUGUUUUACCACAGCUACUCCAGCGCCGCGCUUCUUUACGAAGUUCAAGCUGCCGUGGCAUCGGUCCUCUUCCGCUUUAAAGCCGAGUUUGCCUCGCUUCCUCGGUUGCUCUGCGCGCCAUUCCACCAUAUACCGACAGCCAAGAGAAUGCUGGAAGAGUUCCCGACGUGGAAGGACCAGGACCACAACCAGGCCUUUCGACUUGUAGGGCUAUGUGGAACCUCAUCACUUCUUGCACAUGACUCAGAGGCGCCAGCCAAGUCCGUCUUCCUGGCUGGAUACAGCGUCGGCCCUCUCAAGGGUGUGCUGGAGAAGCUGCUGACAAGCUGCGGUGUCCCUGCGGCCAAGAUCAAGAAACUGGCCGCUGACAUCAUCGCGCUUGCAGUGAAGUCCGGUCUCGACUGCAGUGGCAUACCUGGUGGCAAGAAAUGCAAGUCAGGACGAUCGGGCCACAUGUUGCAGAUCUUCCUGAGGAGAGAGCUUUGUGACGAGUAUGUCUAUCCAUCCUUUCCGUUUGGAGUCCCUGACAAGAAGCGGAUGAAGCCAUCGCUGAGCAAGUACCUGACCGAGGACGUCAAAAUCGAAGGUCAAGUUCGCAUCACUUUGAAUCCGGAUGUUUUCUUAAGGGCCACCACGGCGAGGAUGUUUACCUUUCCGGCGGAUCCGACAUUUCACAAGAAUCGGCCCGACUUCCAAGACAAGUUGAAGUCGCUCCUUGAGCCUAUCCUUGGGACGGAGACAGUCCGCGUCAAAGCAGCCAAAGGCAUCUUUGGAGGCGACCCACCAGAUUGGUGGUCUUCGGAGGAUCAAAGUGACAUGGCCAAAAUGUCAAAAGGCCGUUAUGCAUCCUCAUCCUUAGACUGA